AUGUCCGCCUCUCAAGAUUACAAGAGCACUCUGCUCCCUCUCCUCAUCGACAACAACGUCCUUUCCUUCGGCACUUACGUCCUCAAGUCCGGUCGCGAGUCUCCUUACUUUUUCACCUCCUCCCUCAUGCACACUGCGCCCUUGCUGCGCGCCUCCUCUGCCGCUUACGCCAGUGUGCUGUCCGCCGAGCCCUUCGUGACCACCGCGGCUGACGGCACCACUAAGCCCAACUUCGACAUCAUCUUCGGCCCCGCAUACAAGGGCAUUCCCAUCUGUGCCGCCGUCACCAACGAGCUUGCCGUCCGAGACUCGCUCUCCGCCUCGCCCAAUGGAACAUGGGACAAUGUCAGCUACUCAUUCAACCGCAAGGAGGCUAAGUCCCACGGCGAGGGAGGCAACAUUGUCGGUGCUCCGCUGAAGGGAAAGCGCAUUGUUAUCGUAGACGAUGUCAUUACCGCCGGCACUGCUCUGCGCGAGGCCGUCGGCAUCAUUGAGAAGGAAGGUGGUAUCGUUGCGGGUGUUGUUGUUCUGCUGGACCGCGAGGAGCGGGUUAGCGAUUCCGAGUCCAAGAGCGCCAUUGGUUGUGCGCAGCGCGAUCUCGGCGGCAACAUCCCCAUUCGUGCCGUCAUUGGUCUGCACGAUAUUAUUGAACAGCUCAGUGAUAAGAUUGGUGCUGAGGAUAUCCAGCGCUUGAAGGACUACCGUGCCCGCUACGGCGCUGAGUAA